AGAGAGGCAUUGUGGUGCCCCCUGACCAUCUCCAGGCCUAUUCGCCAAGUAGCAUCACAGCGGCACGAAUACCAGCGCCCUCAAUGGCUGCAAACACAGUGCAUCGCCAGACGUAAGAAGCACGAGAACGAAGCGGAGGCCGCCGUACAGGUAAAGAAGGAUGCUAUCGAGGCGGAGCUACUUGCGUGGCAACUGCGCACAGCUCCUUAUCGACAACAACCACAACAGAGCGAAGCGGGUGGUACUGGCGCCGCUGCUGCUGCCCGAUCCCAACCUCUUGUGGACGCCGAAGAUAAUGCCCCACACGUUAUCAUCCCUGUUCCAGGUGAUAACCCUAGCAACGGCAGCAAGACGCCAUCGCUGAAGCCGGAAUAUCCAUUACCCUUUCACGCGGUUCUCUGCCCGAACCUGGUGCAGACGGACGUGGGGCUCACACUGCUUCUCUAGCAAGGCUUACAUCCGCUGCUCACGAUGGUGCGCUUGCGCCUCACGGUUGGCGUGCCACUCGGCUGCGUAACGGUUCUUUUCGGUCUCGCAUUCAUCAUCUACACCACGAAGACGACAGACCCAUGCCGCGCUCAUGUUCGCACGGGUCAGUGUGUCGACGUCGGCAGUAGCGACAAGAGCAGCAGUAUUAGCGGCUCCGGCAAUCUGGACCUCUUGUCCUCCGCGUACCACGCUGGUUUCUCGAGCCCUUACCUGUACGGCUCACCAGCGGCACCGGGCGAGUGCCUCAUCGUGACCAUCUGCUGCAGCUUUGCAGCUCUUCUCGAUAGCGUCCCCAUCGUGUACUUUGCGGCUCGGUACCUAGCACUCGGCAGCACUCGGCCAUGCUUCAUUCAUAUUCUGCGCGGCAUUCAGGCAGUGCUCGGCACGAGUGUGCUCAUUCGCCACCUAUGUUCUGUUUGUUUUUCGCAGGCGCCUCCACGUGCUGCUGUGCUCAGCGCUUGUCGCCGGGGGCGACAUGCUGUGCGCGGUGCACCUUGAGGCCUGCGGCGAUUGCUACGCCUACGAGGCGCAUGGUCCUCUCAGCGGCACUAACGUCGCUCUUGUCCUGGCCUGUGGGUUCCUUGUUCUGUGCGUACUUCACUGGCUCGUCGCUGUGCUGCCUGUCCUGCCGAGCGUUGGUACGCAAGACCUGAUUCCUACGGCAACUCCAGACACGUACACUUUUCGUCCAUGUCUCUUUGCCCCAGACGGCCCCACGCCGGCAGAGGUGGACCAGCUUCGGCAAGCCAUGCAGCCGCCGCUGCGGCUAGAGGUGCAUCACUGCAUUCAAGCACGGGAUCGAUUACUAACAACCACCACGACAAUUGGGGAGAGCAAGCAAGCGAACCGCGUGAAGAGCUUGAAGCAUACGGAACUGAACGAGGAGCGCCGCCAGGAGCGGACACGGCCAUUUUAGCAGCGGACAUGUGA